AAGUAUACUCUUCUCUAAUUGGUUUUGCUCUAGCACUGCUCUGUUCAAGAAGAUUGAAUCUAUGUUCCUACUCUUGGAAGAGCGUUUCUGUGUAGCACUUGAUUAGCUACUAUGAGCUUGCUAUAUAGUGAUAACAGUUGUGGAGCCCGAGACGUGGAAAGCGGCUGCUGUGCAGCCAUGGCCAGUGCCUGCAGCGUUGGAGCAAAAGAAGACAGCGUAAGCGUCAGCAGUGGGACUGGAAACCCUCCAAGUUCUUUCCCAGAGGAAACACAAGGAUAUGAUGUGGAGUUUGAUCCGCCCUUGGAAAGUAAAUAUGAAUGUCCAAUCUGUUUGAUGGCUCUUCGGGAAGCAGUGCAGACACCAUGUGGACAUCGUUUCUGCAAAGGCUGCAUUGUCAAAUCGAUAAGAGACGCAGGUCACAAAUGUCCAGUAGACAACGAAAUUCUGCUCGAAAAUCAACUUUUUCCUGACAACUUCGCUAAACGGGAAAUCCUUUCAUUAAUGGUUAAGUGUCCCAACAAGGGCUGCAGUAUGAAGAUGGAGCUGAGGCAUUUAGAGGACCACCAGUUGCAGUGUGAUUUUUCCACUGUGGAAUGCCCACAGUGCCAAGGAGCCUUCCAGAAGAACCAUCUGAAAGAGCACAUGACACAGGAGUGUCUGAGGCGUCAAGUCUGUUGUCCAAACUGUGCCACGUCUAUGGCCUAUGAAGAUAAAGAGCUUCAUGACCAAACCUGCCCACUCGCCAAUGUAUUUUGUGAAUACUGCAACACGGUGCUCAUCAGAGAGCAGAUGCCUAACCAUUAUGACAACGAUUGUCCUACUGCCCCAGUGCCAUGUUUUUACAGUGCCUUUGGGUGUCCUGAAAAGAUGCAAAGGAAUGAACUGGCACGACAUAUGCAGGAGUUCACUCAGGUUCACAUGAGAAUGAUGGCUCAGAGUUUUCAAAAUAUCAGUGUUACUGCUACAAAUCCUGUACCCUUCAUUAAUGGCUUACCCUUUGAGCCUGCCCUCUUCUCACACGUGUCACAUGCUGCAUAUGAUUGUAAUCCAGAAGUUGAAAACUUCAAAGAAACUAUUCAGCAGUUGGAAGGUCGUCUGGUAAGACAAGAUCACCAAAUCAGAGAACUCAUUGCUAAAAUGGAGACUCAGAACGCUCACGUGGCAGAACUCAAACGUACUAUCCGAAAUUUGGAGGGAAAGAUUACUGAAAUGGAGGCACAGCAAUGUAACGGUAUUUAUAUCUGGAAGAUUGAGAACUUCAGUGGACUUCAGAAAGCCCAGGAAGAAGAGAGACCUGUUGUGAUGCACAGUCCUGGCUUCUAUACUGGAAAGCCUGGCUACAAGCUGUGUUUGCGCCUGCAUAUCCAAUUACCAAAUGCUCAGCGUUGUGCUAAUUUUAUAUCUCUGUUUGUCCACACUAUGCAAGGAGAAUAUGACAGCCAUCUGCCUUGGCCUUUCCAAGGCACUAUACGACUUUCUAUUUUAGAUCAAUCAGAAGGCCCUGAAAGGCAGAAUCAUGAAGAAGUAAUGGAAGCCAAGCCAGAGUUACUAGCCUUCCAGAGACCAACAAUUCACCGCAAUCCAAAAGGUUUUGGUUAUGUGACUUUCAUGCACCUGCAAACCUUGAAACAAAGAACCUUCGUAAAGGAUGAUACCCUUCUGGUGCGCUGUGAAGUUCUAACACGUCUAGAUUUAAACAGUCUCCGCAGAGAAGGAUUUCAAGCUCGCAGUACUGAUGGAGCUAUGUAGCCUGUAAGUCUUAACCAGAGGAAUGGAGCCACUAGUCACGUUCUUCCACCACAGAUUACAAGCGUGCUUCAUCAUCCGUAUAGGCUGCAUUUGUAAAAGAUCAUAGUUGCCAACAUAGUUGAUCUUCACCUGAAUAGAACUUUGUUGUUGCUGGUAUACUUUUUUUUCUGUAUGAGGUCAUGUAUUCAAAUAUUUGGUAUUGUUCUCUAUUAAUAAGCUACUUCUGUAGCAAGCUAACUAAAUGAAGUGUUGUUAAUCAAAACUCAGCUGCCUACAGGAAAAUCCUAUUGAAGUACCUGUACAUCUCAGUGUGGUAAAACUUAAGCCAUGUCAGAAAAGACCUGUAAAUCUUUUCGCCUCAGUGCCUUGGAAUAAAUACCAUAGCAGGGAAAUAGCUAAAUUAAUAAAGAUGAG